GCCGCCGCCAUCUUGGCGCCGAGACUUCAUUUCCCAGGCGGCGCGGCGGCGGGGGAGGCGAUGUCCGCCAUCUUACCGCUCCCUCCUCCCUGGUGCGGCGGGAUUGAAUGAGCCCGCUGCCCGCCCGCCCGCCAACCGAGCGCCAUGUCAGGCACCCCGAGCCGCGGCACCCCCGGCGGGACCCCGCUGUCGCCGACUCGCAUCUCCCGCCUGCAGGAGAAGGAGGAGCUGCGGCAGCUCAAUGACCGCCUGGCCGUUUACAUCGACCGUGUGCGGGCGCUGGAGCUGGAGAAUGACCGGCUGCUGCUGAAGAUCUCCGAGAAGGAGGAGGUCACCACCCGGGAGGUGAGUGGAAUUAAGAGUCUCUAUGAGUCUGAACUGGCCGAUGCUCGCAGAGUUCUGGAUGAAACCGCCAAAGAGAGGGCGAGAUUACAGAUCGAAAUAGGAAAACUGAGAGCGGAACUUGAGGAGUUCAAUAAAAGCUACAAGAAGAAAGAUGCAGAUUUGUCCGUGGCUCAGGGUCGCAUUAAGGAUCUUGAAGUGCUGUUCCACCGAAGUGAAGCGGAACUCAACACUGUCCUGAAUGAGAAACGCAAUCUGGAAGCAGAGGUGGCCGAUCUGCGUGCCCAGCUUGCCAAGGCUGAAGAUGCUCAUGCUGUGGCCAAGAAGCAGCUGGAGAAGGAAACGCUGAUGCGCGUGGACCUGGAGAAUCGGUGCCAGAGCUUGCAGGAAGAUCUGGAGUUCAGGAAGAAUGUGUUUGAGGAGGAAAUAAGGGAAACAAGAAAACGGCACGAACACCGUCUGAUCGAGGUGGACACUAGUCGCCAACAGGAGUAUGAAUCCAAAAUGACUCAGGCACUGGAGGAUCUGCGAAACCAGCACGAUGAACAAGUCAAACUGUACAAAAUGGAGCUGGAGCAAACCUACCAGGCCAAGCUGGAAAAUGCCAAACUGUCCUCUGACCAAAACGACAAAGCGGCCGGUGCGGCGCGAGAGGAGCUGAAAGAGGCUCGAAUGAGAAUAGAAGCUCUCAGCUACCAGCUCUCUGGCCUUCAGAAACAGGCCAGUGCAGCGGAAGAUCGCAUUCGCGAGCUGGAGGAAAUGAUGGCUGGCGAGCGGGAGAAGUUCAGGAAGAUGCUGGAUGCAAAGGAGAGGGAGAUGACAGACAUGAGGGACCAGAUGCAGCAGCAACUGACCGAGUACCAGGAGCUGCUCGACGUUAAAUUAGCGCUGGACAUGGAGAUCAGCGCUUACCGAAAACUCCUGGAAGGGGAAGAGGAAAGGUUGAAACUCUCUCCGAGUCCAUCCUCCCGCGUCACGGUCUCUCGCGCUACCUCCAGCAGCAGCAGCAGCAGCACGUCCCUCAUCCGCUCCUCCCGAGGCAAGAGAAAACGGCUGGAAACCGAGGAGCUUUCGGGCAGCGGAACCAGCGGGAUCGGCACCGGGAGCAUCAGCGGCAGCAGCAGCAGCAGCUUCCAAAUGUCCCAACAAGCUUCAGCCACGGGGAGCAUCAGCAUAGAGGAGAUAGACCUGGAGGGCAAGUAUGUGCAGCUGAAGAACAACUCGGAGAAGGAUCAGUCUUUGGGUAACUGGAGACUGAAAAGACAAAUUGGAGAUGGAGAAGAGAUUGCUUACAAAUUUACUCCUAAGUAUGUCCUCAGAGCUGGGCAGACUGUAACGAUCUGGGGUGCGGACGCGGGCGUAUCUCACAGUCCCCCGUCCGUUCUGGUGUGGAAGAACCAGGGCAGCUGGGGCACCAGAGGGAACAUCCGCACGUACCUGGUGAACGCCGAAGGAGAGGAAGUCGCAGUGCGGAGUGUUACUAAAUCAGUAGUUAUGCGAGAGAAUGAAGAGGAAGAGGAUGAAGCGGAGUUUGGAGAGGAAGAUCUUUUCAACCAGCAGGGGGAUCCCAGAACAACCUCCCGAGGAUGCGCAGUGAUGUGAAGAAAGAAAAAAGAAACUAUUAUUUGCUAUUUUUGUUUUUCCAUUUAUUUCCUUUUAUUUUUGCUAUUUUUUUCCCCUCCAGAGCCACUGAAAACUAUUUUUAUACGCAUCAGCGGAUUUCUUUGACGUUUACUCCUUGGUACCUUUUUAUAAAAAAUGUCAAAAGAAAAAAAACCUUUCCUGAGCAAAACCGUUAGAAUUUUUAAUAGAUUUCAUUCUUUUUCCCUCUUUGAAACACUAUCUGGGAAUACAAUGUUAUCCCCCAUAUAGAGUUGAAAGUCUUAUGUACAAACCUGCAGCAGAAAAGGAAUUUUUAGCUACAGUGGGAUGAGGCUCCUUGAGUUUAUGGUAAAUCUGUAAUUGCACAUAACCGGGAUAACUUAAAAACAACCAAACCCUCGGCUCCAUAUCGUGAUGUCGGAGGAUGGAGAAUGAUGGGUUCUGCUUACUGAAUAUAUAUAUGUGUGUGUAUAUACACUAUAUAUAUAUAUAUAUACACCAUCUUAAUGUAAGGAAGUGUCAAAACCAGAGGUUUAACUGCUUUAUUUUCAGGGGAUUUUGACCUUGUCACAAAUGAGACCUUGUGAGAUCCCGGCUGCAAAUUGUAGGGGUGACGUUAAUCAAGCAUCACUAUUUAAUGCCUUUGACGCAUUCGGCGUCGGACAGAAUGAUUCGGAUUUUAAAUACAAAUAUACUUCUACUUUUGGUGAUGCUAAAUAUUGGGGAUUUUAAAGAUUAUCCUUUUAAAUGAUGCAGCUCGUUCAUAAUUUUCUUAGAUUCAAAGGGGUGUUGCCAGAUACCUUAAGGAGCAGUUUUGCAAAAUAUCACAGGAUUAAUGACUUCUUUUUUUAAUUAGUUGCUGUUAUUCAGGACAUAAACGUUGCUCUGCAGUGUCCAGAUGUUGGAAAUGGAACGGUGAGCAAAGGGUGAAUAACACUUUUUAUAGCAAAUGCUCCGAGUUGCGUUUUGUACGAUGUGUUUUGUAGCUGCCGCUGCCCCUUUAGCUUUAGGUUUCUUCUGCUGCAUUUCUUUGGAGGUAACUGACUCCCCAAGGGUUUGGAUUUAUCUAGUAGUGCAUCUUUAGCACUAGAAAAAUACUUGACCGCUCCAAAGAAUGUACAAAACAAAAGGUUUUUCCACUAGUUAUUCCAAAAUAUUCCACAAAACGCGGCUAUUGUUUGAUGGCAACACAGGAUCCUGGUUUUACCUGCGCUCUGCUCUUGUUCCGAUAGUUGAGACUCAUCACACGAGCUACAAGGUUUGGAUGUUUUCGGUGGCUUUUGGACAUUAUGUUCUCCGAACAGUAUCGUGACUGACAGAUAUAACCUAGAGAGUCAGUUUAGUGGCUUUGACUGAUGGCUUCGUAAUGCAAGCAGGGUGGGAACAAAAGGGGCUUUUAAGCUUAUUUUGCCAUUUAAGAAGAAAUCCAAGUUCCUACUCUCCUCUGUGAGUGGGAUGAGAGAAUUACUGAGGUUAAACUAAUAGCGAUUUAGAUUAAUGUUUCGGAAGAUCUGUUACAAAAAGCGGGAUGACCAUCUGGCUCUUUGGGCUGAGGGGAUAACUCGGGACCUACUUGGCCUUUUUCUGAUGGAAUUUUCCCACUCUGCUUGAGUAGAAGGUUAAAUAUGUAGUAAAUCAUGUCUCUCUCUCUCUCUGUAAAAUGUAUUUAGUGAAAUUAUGUUUCUCAGACAUACCGUUACCAAUUAACUUGUCUAAAUUUGUUCUGCAAACGAAUGCAAUCAAUGUAAAAGUACUUUUCCAAUGCACCUUCCAACCACUGGGCAGCAUUUCCCUUUGACCCACAGCUUCUCUAAUAGACGUACAUAACAUCGAGGGCUUUUUGUGCUGCUUUUUUUUCCUAAAUAUCUCUAUUUAUGUUGAUUUAUUUCUUUUUUUACAUUGACCAGUUUUCAGAUUGCUUAUUCUUCAAGAGCAUCCUGUGAAUUUAACAUUGUCCUGUGAUCUUAAAUACUAAAGCAGUGAGUGUGUAGUUAAUUGGGCUGGGAAAGGCAGCUUGAACGAGGAAAAUCCUCUUGCUACCUGAGCCAGAAUUCUUCUUCACAGCUACUGUAUGGGGAACCUCUUUGGAGCCUCGACGCUGGUGCUUGCAGAUCCCCGGUGCCGAGCACUGCGCCCUUCAGGAACUCUGCACAGUUUGUCCUUAGAUUUGCAGCCGUGCCCUUUAACUUGGAUAACGGGCCAUUUUUCAUUGUUUUAAUACCACGCUGAGCUAUAUCCAGGUGUCGAUAUCAAACAGCGCUCGACGCUGACUGCAGACGCUCUCAAUGGGGGCGACUGUCGCCACGGGCUACCCAGAGAUACGAAAUAAUUCCUAGCUGUAAAUCACAACACACAAACUACUGUAUUCCGUGGACUCUUCUGUGUGUGUCUUCUCCAAUCCCAUCCUCUCCUCUUGCUUCUGAUGCUGAGCUGAGUGGAGCAGCGCGAUCCCUCUAAAGCUGCUCCCUUCUGGGAGGGUUUUUUGGCUUUAGCGACCCAAAAAGCAUCAUUUUCCUGUCCUUCAAGGAUUUUUCUGAUUUUAUUUUCAGGAUAAUUAAAGCUUUUUGUUUGAAUAAAAUCCAGCAUCCCCUUGCCCUCUUUUCCUAUUUGAUCCAAAUGUGAACCAGGUUUGUCAGCAUUUCUACCCCUGCAUCUGAUAUUGGGUGUAGAGCUUGAUGGAGAAAUAGAUUUGACUUAGCAGGAGAAAAAUUCUUUUAAGGUUUCUCUGAUUAGAGAAAUAAAGCGUUGGAGCUUUUAUUAGUUACUUGAGUGUAACUACCCAUAUGGAUAUUUAUCCUGGAAAAAUAAGGAAAUGACUUUGUUCUGGAUGAAACAGUAAAGAUGAGCCCUGAAGAUCCACACUGGUUAAGAGGGGCAGUAAUAGAAUAACUACAGCUGGAUAGUUAAGCCAAUCUGUUUAUUGUAUAGAUCAAACCAAUAUCAUAUAAAAUAUGAUAUAAACAUAGUACCUACUGCUGAGUUUGCAGCAGGUGGAGAUGCUGGUGUUGGUGUUCGCAGAGACCCCGACGCUUCGUGCCGCUUCUCCUCCCUCUCUUUGUUCCUCCAGCCGCUGUGUUGCAGCGGCUCAUUCCGCUAUCCCAGCGCUCCCGUUCCUUUGCACGGCUUUAUCCCCUUGUUCAUUCCUCUAGAUUUGCCCCGACAAACCCAACAGUUUGUAGCGAUGGCUUGAGCGCCGUUUUGCCGCUAGAUGCGUAGUUUGGCGUUUGUAGCGGGAACCCAAAGUCUCAGGAAGAGAACAAAGCUCUGCUCCCCGCCAGCUGUGGUGUCGGCCCAGACGAGCUCGUGUGGCUCGUGAAAACGGCGUUGCGGCGCGGAGCGGCUUGUACUGUGAACCAUCACUUGAUGUGCGUCUUCAUCCUUGAGCAACAGGACACCUCACCUUCAGUUCAGGGAUCUUACUUGUUUUUAUACGCCUUUUUGCUUCUUGUUUUUUAAUGCUCAUCCUGUACAAAAGCCCUUUAACUGCAGCCUGAACAGGGGUUGGUUAGAGCUCUGUACGAAUCCUCUACGCCCCAGAAUAUUUGAGAACCGGUUUCGUGUGCAUCGCAUUUGACGCUGUUUGAAACACGCGUGCCGUGUGGUUCAUUUCUCUCGCUGUCGAGUCGUUCUGUCUCCUCUCUGUAUCUUCUUUCCAAAGUCUUAUCUCUAAACAAAGGCACAUCCAGAUUGCCCCUGGAUUUCAUUGCCACUGUUGGGUCCAAACCCCGUGUGAGCAGCAAACAAAGCUUGGAAACCAGUGAGUGGAAGGUGAGGCAGCGAUUGCAUUUUUCAGAGCGUUCCUUUAGCUGAACGUCGAGCCAAAUUCUAUUGGAGAGUUUCUUUUCUCACUUAAAAUGGCCUGGGAAACAGAAUUUUAAUUUGCCCUUCAAUAUGCUUAGCUUUAAACCAGUUUAAAAUAAUUUAAAAGUGGUUUUUUUAUACAAGACCAUAUUUACAUGCAAUUAUUAUUUGUAAACAUAAUGCCUUUCUUGAAAUGCUAAGGUCUAGAGAGUGAAAAAGAUGCUUAAAAGGGAAAGACUCAGUUCAGAACGGCACAAGCAGUGAAUUGACUUGGAGUUCAGGCAAAUAAAACGUGUUCUAAUUGGCUUUUAAUUGCCGUGACUGCUCCACGGUGACGAGGUGGGUGUUGUGUAUUCCAGCUCAUUACACUAAAAUUCCAAGCAAUAAAGUAUUUUUGAGUUGAAAACAAAAUGCUUCCCAUUUGGGCCCAAUCUCAGUUCAACUCUAUUUUUUGUAAUAGUGAUGCCUUGUGACUUGAAUUGUGAUUUAUUGUUUUAAUUAUUAUUAUUAACACAAUCUCUGGUUGGUUCAAUCACCCACCUCCAGUCAGCGGCUGCAAAUGAGGAUUUUUGGAAGGCUCAAGUUUUUAAAAUAAUUAUGGAAAAGGUUGCAAAUUGAAAUUCAAAAUGAUGAAAACAUUUAACAUGAAACCAGAAAAGUAUGUAAUGAUCUAGACUUUAUCAUUUCAAAGUGUUUUUCUUUUUAGAAUAUGCAUGCCAAACGUCUUGUCUUUUUCAAUGAUUUGUAAUAUACAUUUUAUGACUGGAAACUUUUUGUACAACACACUCAAAUAAAUGUUUUGCAUUUUG